UGAGCGAAGGUGAAAAUACUUGAACAAUCUCACGAGAAAAUGUGAGAUUUUACUGAUUAUUGUUUACAUUGCAAAAAAACAUGAGAACCGAACCGAAUCGAUCCGGAUUCAGCUGAAACGCUCGCAAGCGACUCAACUUCCGAAGCGGAUCGGUUGGUUCCCCCGCAGCGAGGACGGCGACCGGAGCCGAACUUUUGUUUUGAUCGAGCUGAAAUCCAGCCAGGACCCGAAAUUCAUCUCACCACCGGGGGUAGAUAAAGAUAAGGAGGAGGGGGGUAACUAGCUUAAAGACAUUAUUUAUACCUGGUUGGAGGAAAAAAACGCAGAAUCUCGAGGGUCGCCAUUGUGAGGAGCGAAGAUACCCCGACCUCGGCACGGUAUGGUCCGGAUAGCGAUGGGGAUCCCCGCCUAAGGAGCACAGAAAGGCGGGUUUGGGAUACCCGAGGCCUCCGAGGGAAUCCUCCGUCGUCUGCCGUGAGCCACACAGCGCGCUCCCCGUGUCUCGACCGCUCACGAUCAGUACGCGAGGGACGCGGCUGUGGAUGCGGCCUAGCCUGGGAGGGUCUGCCGAGCACCGAGGAAACAACGGAGACGGCUUCGGGGUUGACAACAGGCCCCCCGGAGGACCGAGAAAACGUUAAAUAACACCAUGAUGGAAGAACUGCACAGCCUGGACCCCCGGCGGCAGGAGCUGCUGGAGGCUCGCUUCACAGGGGUCGGCGUGGCUAAGGGCUCGGGUCAGAAUCAAAAUGAGUCAUCCAAUCAGAGUCUAUGCAGUGUGGGCUCGCUCAGUGACAAAGAGCUAGAGACUCCAGAGAAAAAGGCGAACGACCAGCGAGCGAGAAAACGCAAAGCAGACCACUUCGACAGCAGCCAAGGCAAAGCAGGAGCAAGGGGACAUAAAAUUAGCGAUUAUUUCGAGUUCGCGGGAGGUAGCGGUCCUGGUACCAGCCCUGCCAGGGGAAUCCCACCAGUGGUCCGCUCUUCCCCACAACACUCUCUCUCCAACCCCCCUGUCACGGUGCAGCAGGGAAGCCCCUCCUCCGUCAGCUCGGCCAACACGGAGCACUCCUCGUGUUCGCUGAAGCCCGCCGCUCUUCACAUGCUCCACAAAGCCACACAGUCUGACCUUACUAUAGAGAAACUAACCGCAAUGGAGAACAACAAGAACUCUGACCUGGAGAAGAAGGAGGGCCGAAUAGACGAUUUGCUACGGGCAAACUGCGAUCUGAGGAGGCAAAUCGAUGAACAGCAGAGGAUGCUGGAGCGAUACAAGGAGCGCCUAAAUAAGUGUGUGACCAUGUCCAAGAAGCUGCUGAUUGAAAAGUCCAAACAGGAGAAGAUGGCGUGCCGGGAUAAAAGUAUGCAGGAUAGGCUUCGACUCGGUCACUUCACCACAGUGAGACACGGAGCAUCUUUCACCGAGCAGUGGACGGACGGAUACGCCUUUCAAAACCUUAUCAAACAACAAGAAAGGAUCAACUCCCAGCGAGAGGACAUCGAGCGGCAGAGGAAGCUGCUGGCCAAACGCAAGCCGCCCUCCAUGGCCCAGACUCCACCACCAAGCCUCGAGCAAAACAAACGCAAGAGCAAGGCCAACGGGACAGAAAGCGAAGCGUUAUCGCAGGCGGAGUAUCACGAGCAGGAGGAAAUCUUUAAGCUAAGACUAGGUCAUCUUAAGAAGGAGGAGGCUGAGAUCCAGGCAGAGCUGGAGAGGUUGGAGCGAGUGCGGAACCUCCACAUACGGGAACUGAAAAGGAUCCACAAUGAGGACAAUUCCCAAUUCAAAGAUCACCCUACGCUAAAUGACCGAUACCUGCUGCUCCAUUUACUCGGACGGGGAGGUUUCAGUGAAGUUUACAAGGCCUUUGACUUGACGGAGCAAAGGUAUGUUGCAGUCAAAAUCCACCAGUUAAACAAGAACUGGAGGGAUGAGAAGAAGGAAAAUUAUCACAAACAUGCGUGCAGAGAAUAUAGAAUCCAUAAAGAGCUGGACCACCCACGAAUAGUUAAACUCUACGACUACUUUUCACUUGACACUGACUCGUUCUGCACAGUCUUGGAGUACUGUGAGGGCAACGACUUGGACUUCUACCUGAAACAGCACAAGCUCAUGUCAGAGAAGGAGGGCCGCUCCAUCAUCAUGCAGAUCGUCAACGCCCUCAAGUACCUCAACGAGAUCAGACCGCCCAUUAUCCACUACGACCUUAAGCCCGGUAACAUCCUCCUGGUGAACGGCACCGCCUGCGGGGAGAUCAAGAUCACAGACUUCGGCCUGUCGAAGAUCAUGGACGAUGACAGCUACAACUCGGUGGACGGCAUGGAGCUGACUUCACAGGGAGCGGGGACAUACUGGUACCUGCCACCUGAGUGCUUUGUGGUUGGGAAGGAGCCGCCCAAAAUCUCCAAUAAGGUUGACGUCUGGUCCGUGGGAGUCAUUUUCUACCAGUGUUUGUAUGGCCGCAAGCCCUUCGGCCACAACCAGUCCCAGCAGGACAUCCUGCAGGAGAACACCAUCCUGAAGGCAACAGAUGUUCAGUUUCCCCCCAAACCUGUAGUCACACCUGAAGCUAAGGCCUUUAUAAGGCGCUGUCUAGUCUACCGUAAGGAGGACCGCAUCGAUGUGCACCAGCUGGCCAGUGACCCCUUCCUCAUGCCCCACAUCCGCAAGUCGGUGGCCUCGUCGGGCUCUUCGGGCAUGGCCGUGGCUUCCACAUCCAGCUCCUCCAACAGCAGCGCCUCAAACUGAGCCCACACCCCUUAAACUGACUGGCUGGAUCAUUUGAAAGAGCGGGGUGAGGCGGGGGCGACACCACGCCAGUGUCCCCCCACCUAACAAGCAUCCCACCUUCGCCAUGAAGAGCCCACUGAGGGGGAAACUGGUCAGAUGGCGGCAAGGGGUGGGUGAGAAGUCGUGGACGGGUCGGGAAGGGAGGCCGGCGUCGCCCUCCGUCUCCGUCAUGUCCAUCCACCCCAGCCCACCUGUCCUGCUUUCUCAAAAAAAAGUGGGUGGCAUUGUUCUGGGGGUCAAAGCCCCGGAUGACUCACACAGCAAAGGGGGGCGAGUUUUGGCACUGUGUUGGUGAAAAGCGGGGUUCAGUGUUUGGGGGUUUUUCUUUUUUCUGCUUAAAAAAAAAAAGAGAAAAUAAAAUGAAGUAUAGGACUGCUUCAGCUUGGCCGGAUGGAAAAGGACUGCGGAAGGCCUCAUACCCAUUCGCACUCACUCUCACACACACACACACACACACACGCACCCAUGCAUGAGCCGUUCUGGUCCGAGGUAGUCUGAAACCCCCCCUCAAAGCUCAAACAUUUUGUUUGUUCUCAUCUCCCUGAACCUAACUGAGACAACCAGUCUGGGCUGUUGUUGUAUUGAACCCUAAAUAUCUUACGGCACUCUGUCAUCCAACCCGCUGUUCUGGGAACCUUUGCCUCGCUUAAAUUCCAGACCCAGAUAGUUUGUGACGAGGAAGGACAGAAGUUUCUGUCUCGUCUCCCCUUCCCCUCCCAGAUCCUCGUCAAACUCCUGUGACCAAAGCUUAGAACUUCCAGCUGGUGGCAGUGUUCCACCUCCGUUUUUAUAAUGAAUGGUUUUAGAGUUGUGCUACUUGACAUGGAGUGGAAGCUGUUGAGGAAUGACCCCUUUUACAUUUUUUUAAGAAAAAAACUUUUCAAUUUAACCAGUUUUAUGGAGGAAACUGUCGUGUUUUCAAGUUGCCUUUAAUUAGAACUGUUCUUGUUUUUUGAUUGAGCCCCUUACCAUAAACACACAUAUUUAUUUAGGUAUGUUUGAAUUUAUUUUUGGCCAAUAAAAUGCAAGGGACUGGUUUACCUAAUAGUACUGUUGGGGGAGAUUGGGCCUUAGCAGAAAGUUGCAUAAACCAUUAAAUACUAUUGGUUAAAAUGUG